AUGUCGACCUACAUCCGCACGGCCUACCGCCAUCUCAUCCUCCGCCACCACCCCGACAGAGCUCUCCAUGGGCAGGAUGAGCAGGGGAUUGGCGAGGCACGCGAAUUGAACGAGGCGUGGGAGGUCUUGGGCGACGAGGAGACGAGGGACGAGUAUGACCAGGCGAGGAGGCAGUACUUGGCAGCGUCGCGCGCCUCGUCGAACGCCUACGCCAUCUCGCUCUCCCUGGAUCUCUUCGAACCACACUACGCCUCGCUUUCCUCCACCUCUCCUUCCAGCUCCUCGCCUGAAGACGAAGAGCCAAUCUACUACACCCACCCCUGCCGCUGCUCCUCGCACUUCCUCGUCACGCGCGAGCAGCUCGAGGAGGGCGUCGAGGUCGUGGGGUGUGAGGGCUGUAGCGAGAGAUGUAGGGUCGAGUAUGAGGUGGUGGAAGAGUGA